AUGGAUCCACCUCCAGUCUCAUCUCACCUCCGUUCCCUAAUUCUAUCAGAAAUUCAGAACAUUGGCCUCGGAGGCAGACUCCAACCCAACUCCAGUUCCUCCUUAUUCAGAACUCCUAUUCCUCCAGACCACCCCCUCAGUCACCUCCAUACCCUUUCUAUCAAUUCCAUCUUACAAGCCAUUUCUCCCAGAACACUCCAAACCUACUGGACAGCUUGGAGUUCCUUCACAAUCUUCCACAGAACCCAUAACUUGGUUUUCCCUGAGUUCUCCCUCCUCUCUAUACCUUCCUUCAUCACUUACUUGCAUCAUACCAAUUCAAUUAAACCAGGAUCCAUCAAAGUCUACCUCAGCGGCAUCCAUUUCUUUUAUAAGCUCAUCCAUGGCCAACAAUGCCCUAACAUUUCAAACCCUCAGAUCUUUCUCCUCAUCAAAGGUUUACAAAAAACCAACCCCCCCGGUCCAGACACCAGACAACCCCUAACCAUCGACCUCCUCAGUAUCUGCCUAACUACUCUACGUUCUGGUUCAUUUUCCCCUAACAAAAUAAGAACCCUAGAUGCCAUGUUCAAUCUGGCUUUCUUCGGCUUCCUCAGAGUCUCAGAAUUCACCACCAACUCAAACUUCAACCCAGCCAUUCAUCCUACAUUUUCCGACCUUCAAGUAGUAAAUCAUGACAUUAUUCGUUUCAACAUCAAAACCAGCAAAACCGAUCAAAUGAAACGCGGCCAUUCAAUCUUCAUCUUUAAUUUGCCAACCCCCAUCCAACCUUAUCAGUCCAUAGCCCUUUUCCUUCGCCAGAGGAAGUCUCAAAUUACCUCUCAUCUCAACCCUCUGUUUAUCGAUGAUAAAAACCUCCCUGCCUCCAGACAUUGGUUCCAAAAAAAUCUAACAAUCAUCCUCAACCAAUCGGGCAUCCCAACCAAACAUUUCUCUUCCCAUUCCUUCCGCAUAGGGGCAGCCACCACAGCAGCCCAGCGAGGUCUUUCUGAACACCAAAUUAAAAUGCUGGGUCGCUGGUCAUCUCAUACCUUCGAAUCAUAUGUUCGAACUGAUCUUCAUCACAUUAGCAUCCUUCUGAGUCUGAAUCGCCGUGUGAUCUUCCAUGUUAUUAACCAUGGAGGCUCUCCCGUUCAGACCGCAGUGAGAGCCCUCCAAUCCGAACAAGCGGACUGGAGGUACCAGGUUCAUCUGUCCCUCGGGCGCAGUGGGCCCUCAUGUCCUCACGUGAUCCAAAACCCUCGCUUUGGAAGGAUGGUAGCCCUACGUUUAUCUGUUCAUCGUGGGCUCCCUCUUUCUGCGGCGGGGGGGCGGGGUUCGCUUUGGACGUCAGUGGCCCGUUUUCCCUUCCGGACCGAGGACAUCCUGCCCCAUCCGUGA